CCUAUCGCCAAGAUCAAGAAGGAUUCGCAGUUUACGUGGAAGACGGUUGCGGACCGGAUGAAGGUAGUCGGGUUGGAUCCGUAUCGAAUAGACCUCGACGAGCCGACGCUGAGGUUCAUGUUUAACCGCUACUACUUACAUAACCUCUACGGAGGGAGCUUCGUCGACACGUUUCCCCACCCGGCACCACAGAAGGCCCAAGUUCACCUGCUCAGCGACUUUAUGUGUCUUGUCCUCGAGCUCAACCCGCACGCACCGGUCAACCCCGGCGACCCCGGCUUGUUCUUCGGAACUAGGCGCGCUGACGGUGAAGGUGAUUUCGAACGCAGUAUCUUUCGUGUAUUCGUGAGGGUGCAAGACAAACCUGCACUCUGGGGUUACAUGGGUCAGUACCGGAUGUACGUUUCGGAGUCUCUGACCUCAGAUGAGUUUGCUCUUCAACCCCUCGCAGUACGAAGGACGUGGGGGCAGGACAUCCUCGAGAAGUCCUGGGGAGAUGUUGUUAUGUUCAGGGUGGGGUUUCGCAAGGAACAUCACAGAGAACCAUCCAGGGAUGAGAUCUCUGCGGUCGUCGAAGACAAAGAUCGUGUAGUUGCAGCACGCCGCAAGGUCACGUGGGAAGAUAUCGUUGCUGCAUACGAGAGAGGAGAAGAGGCGAUCGGUGUAUGGGCAAUGAAGUGCGUCAGCUACGACAUCCAGUUCCAACGUGUCCUCGCGAGGAACUACAAAUAUUUCACUCCGCCGAAGGGAAAGGCG